UCUCUCUCUCUCUCUGGUUGUGUUUCGUGGUGCAUGUAAAGCUGCAAACUGGAAGCAAGCAGCUGAACUCCAUUUCGAUGGCACAUCAGCAGCACUCACCAGGCGAUGUUAUGAACUCUGCAUGCAGCGAGUCUGCACAAGUCGCUAUCGCAGACAUGUAAAGACAGAAAGACAGACACGAUGCCUAUCUGAACCUCGAGCAGACAUGUGUUGAUGUUUCCAACUAUGGCGAGCUUUUAACGAGGUGCCCCUCCCGUCACGGUGCUCCCCAGCCGGUGUCUGCGCUGCCAUGGAGGUGGGCAGCCUCCCCGUAGAGCUCUGGAGGGUUAUCUUAGCCUACCUUCCUCUCCCUGACCUGGGCCGCUGCUGCCAGGUGUGCCGUGCCUGGCGGGAGCUCGUCAUCUCUCUCGACAACACCCGCUGGAGGCAACUGUGCCUCCGCUGCCCCGAGUGCCGACACCCCAACUGGCCCAGUCAGCCACACAUGGAGCCCCCGUCCUGGAGAGAGGCCCUGAAGCAGCACGCCAUGGCCACCAGGACCUGGACUCAAAACGGACCAGAGCUCCAGUCCUCUGCCUGUCUGCUCUUUUUCCGUCGUCGCAAAGACCGCAGGGUUUGGCAUGUGGGACCCGGGUUGGAGUUUGAGACGCUGCGCGGAGCCCUCGGAGCGGUGGGGCCGUAUGACCGUGUGGUUCUCCAUCCGGGAGUGUACGAGGAGCAGGCUGAGGUGGUGCUGAAGAUGCCCGUGGAGCUGGUCGGGCUGGGACGACUGGGAGAGGUGGCUCUUCUGGUGUGCAUGGAGCAGCAGUGCCCCACCGCCAGGCUCUGCAACCUGGUGUUCAUGCCACCCUGGUUCUCCACUGUGGUCUACAAGACAUCAUGGGGCCACGUCCAACUUGAUAACUGCAACUUCGAGGGGGCCCAGUUGCAAAUCCGCGGCCCGGGAACCUGCCAGGCUCGCUUCUGCUCCUUCUCAAGAGGCAGCUCCGCCCACUUGGUGGGCGUCGUCCUCAGUUUAUUUGACAGCUGCGACUUCUCGGGAAGCGACACGGCUUCAGUGACCGUUGAAGGACCUCCGGUUUCAGAAAGGAACUGGGCUUGUAAACACUUGGCGGCUCUGGCUAGGACGUUCCCAUCUUGUGGCAUGUCCGGGAGUUUCAAUUGCCCUCCGUUUGCCGGCUCCAAUGCUGGGCGCAAGCAACUUGGAGCUAGUGACAAAAAGGAGCCAGUGAGCCUAGAAGACUUUCAGAGGAGGGCUGGGAUAGACCCCGUGUGUCAGGGCACAGUGAUUGAAGAAUGCUGGAGUGAUGGUGAACGCAGCGAGGGAGAGGAGGAGAAUAGAGAAGGAGGAGGAAACAACACCAAAAACUCAUGUGCAGUGGAUUACAAACUCCAGUGUGACCACCAUGGCCUUUCCCAUCUGCUCAAACCUCGGCCAGAGGGCUCUCUGCCACUGGCCUCCUCCCCAGACCCUCCAUCUGUGACCCCUGAACCCCUCACCCUUCAGCAGGAAUUAGACAGGGACCCAGUGGCUCAGAUGUUGGCAGCAUCCACCCUUGGCUGCAUCCUCAGACGCUGCCUCUUAAGGGAAGGGAAGGGUGGUGUGCAUUUGUCUAACUACGGACAAGCUCGCCUGGAAGGCAACAUUCUCCGUGGGCUGAACUAUGCUGUGCGCUGCAUCCAGAACUCCACAAUAGUGAUGCUGAGAAACGAGGUGUGUGAGUGCCGGGCCUCAGGCGUGUUCCUUCGCCUCUCUGCUCAGGGCCUCAUCGCAGAAAACAACAUCCACUCCAAUGGGGAGGCGGGUCUGGACAUCCGAAAAGGGGCUUACCCGAUCAUCGUGUGUAACAAAAUCCACAGUGGUUUGCGGUCCGGGGUUGUUGUCCUUGGCAAUGGAAAAGGUUCAAUUCGGAGCAACCAGAUCUUCAACAACAAGGAGGCAGGCGUGUAUAUUCUCUUCAGUGGGAAUCCUGUGGUCAGUGGGAAUCACAUCUUCCAGGGCCAAGCGGCGGGAAUAGCUAUCAACGAGAAUGGAAGAGGAAUGAUAACCGAAAACGUGAUCAAAGAGAACCAGUGGGGAGGUGUAGACAUCCGAAGAGGAGGUGACCCAAUCUUGAGGAACAACUACAUCUGUUACGGAUACUCAGACGGCGUUGUGGUGGGAGAGAGGGGCCGUGGUCUUAUAGAGGGAAAUCAUGUCUACUGUAACAAAGGCUGCGGCGUGUGGGUUAUGUCGUCCAGCCUCCCGCAGCUCCUGGGAAACUACGUUACCCAUAACUGCAUGUAUGGGCUGGCCGUGUUCUGCAGGAAGGACCCAGAUAAUAUGGAUGCCAGGGAGGGGAACUGGGCCGGGCAGGAGAGGAUCGGGGGAGAGGACGGCAGCGGGGAGAGGAGGGGGGUGGAGGGAGAAGGCAGAGAAGGGCAGGAGAACUUGAAUGAAGAGGGCGAACUGUUUGCAUGGGAGAGUGAUCUGGACAGUGAGGAUGAGCGACACUCUGCCCGUCGUUCCAUCAGUGUGGCCCUCGUGGAGAGCAACUGCAUAAACUACAAUGGAGCGGUUGGUCUCUAUGUGAAGAGCAGUGAACCCCUAAAUGUUUUCGCCAACCUGGUAAACGGUAACCGCGGCACCGGCAUCGCCGUGCUGCAGAGCAGUCAGCUGACCCGGCUGGUUACAAACUGCAUUCUUGAGAACGCUCGAGGCGGGGUUACUGUGGAGAAGGACUGCCGAGUGGAGCUUCGCGGUAACGGCAUCUAUAAAAACAGUGGCCAUGGAGUCACUUUUACUGGGAACGGGCAGAUUGUGGAGAAUGAUGUGGUCGGAAACCGUGGUUAUGGGAUCCAAGUCUCUGGCAGCGUCGACAUUAAGGUGUUGCGUAACCGUGUCCAACCAGCACGGGGCUGUGGCAUUGCUGUGCUGGGCCCGGUAAAAGGGGUCGUCCACGACAAUCUCUUGUUCCAGGGCCACCCUGGGAACAAGAAAAUGCUGCUACAUAUGGAUCCUGGCAAUGACAGCUGUGUGCUGCGCAACAACAGUGUUCUAAGGCACAAUAACAGCUGUACAUCUGCUCCUGCCUGGGUUUUGGAAAACCCUCCCCCUCGUCCACUGGCCAGCUCCCCGUCAGGCCUCUCCUCAUCGCAAUAUCCCUCACGACUUGGGAUUUCCAUGACAACCAGGAUCAGCGCCACUGUGGAAAGCGGUUGCCACAAUGGCAGCAUGUUCUGCUCCAUUCUGUGAACGCUGGCAAGCACAUAGAAACCCAUUUUAAAGGACUUUUUAAAAAACUUUUGACUGAGUGUAAAUCAAAACAUUUGAAGCGCUCUGACCUUCCUCAGAGAAGAUCUUCCUGAAGCGAUUCCCUCCUGGUGAGGUGGAGUAGCCGCUCCAAGAAGCAGGAGGUUACUCUGAGAAUAACCACUAAACAGGACAUCCACCUUCCAGAGUGCUGGGCUCGCACAUUUUGUAAAUCUAAAAUCAUUCUUUUGUAAUUUUAUGAUAAAUAUUCCUCUGCAUUCAUACAAUUAAGUGAAACUGGAGGGGGA